AUGCCUCAUCAUAUUUGUUGUGCAAGAUAUAGCGGUGGCUCUUUCUUCUCUGCUACGGCAAAGAAUCAAUAUGCUCCAAGCAAGGUUAUUGAACCUGUUCACCUUGAUAUCAAUCUCAAAUUUCAAGACCUUUCUACCAAGUCUUUUGAAGGCAAGGUCACAAUCACUUUUAAGCAUACAGGUGAAGGACUGGUGGCUAAUAACAAGGAGUUAUCGAGCAUUGCAUUGAAUGCCGAAGAUUUCGAGCAUGUCAAAGUGACUGGUGAAGGUUUAUCCGACUUUUAUUAUGAUGGUCAUCUUAUCCAUUUGUACUGGAAAGAGCCCUUUACAAAGCAAAGUGAGCGCAAGGCGACUAUUGAAUACACGAUCGAAAAGCCUAUUGCAGGUCUUUAUUUCAACAAAAAUGAUGAGAUGCUCCAUGCUACUCCUGCUUGGGCUAUUACGGAUCACGAAACAGAAAAAGCCCGUCACUGGUUACCUACUGUUGAUUUCCCUACUGUUCGUACUACCUUGACAUGGUCAAUUACAGCUCCCCAGCAAUACACUUCUUUGGCGAAUGGUACUUUAAAAAGCUCAGAAACGACUGGUAAAUACACGACGACUCAAUGGGAACUGGACCAUCCUUGCCCCUCCUACCUUAUUUGCUUUGCAGUAGGUGAGUUCAUUGAAGUGGACGAUGGUGAAGUAGAUGGAAAGCCAAUCAAGUAUUAUACUGCCAAGGGAUAUGAAAAACAAGAUCUUAAGAGAGCUUUUGAUGAGACGCCCAAUAUGAUUAAAUGGCUUCAAAAGAAGGUUGGUGUUCCAUUCCCUUGGAGUAAAUAUUAUCAAAUUGUUUUGCCGGCCAUUCGUGGAGCUAUGGAGAAUAUCUCUUUAGUUACUUGGGUUGAGCACUUGCUUCUUGAUGAAACGCAUGCUCUUGAAAGAAAGAGCAUUGUCGAUACUGUCAACAUUCACGAAAUGGGCCACACAUACUUUGGCGAUUUGUUGGUGAUUCGUCAUUUUGAUCAUGUUUGGUUAAAGGAAGGUUGGGCAAAAUAUAUUGAAUCAUGUUGGCUACAAGACAAUCGAUCAGAAGAUUCAUUCCGUUAUGAAAUGUUCAAGAAUGCUUCAAACUAUAUUGCAGAAUGCAGUUCCUACAUGCGCCCCAUCGUGACUCGUAAAUACGAUGCUUCAUGGGACAUGUUUGACAGACACACUUAUCCUGGCGGCGCAUGGCGUAUUCAUAUGCUUCGUAAACGUUUAGGUGAAGAGGUCUUUUGGAGUGCUAUCAAGACUUACAUUGAACGCUUCUACAACAAGACUGUACAGACUUCUGACUUCCAAAACGUCUUAGAAGAAGCCUCAGGUCUCAACUUGGCUCGCUUCUUUGAUGAAUGGCUCUAUUCUAAGGGCUAUCCUAAACUCAAUGGUAAAUACGAGUACGAUGCAGAUGCUAAUCGUGUUAAGGUCAUUAUGACUCAAACUCAAGUCAAUGCUGCUGAGCAAAUUCCUCUUUUUGCCUUUGAUUUGGAUGUUGUGAUCACCACAAAUGAUAACAAGAAGAUCUCUACUGUACUCACAUUUGAUCAAGAAGAAUCAGUAACUGGUUUCCUUUCUUUGCCUGAAGGCCAAAAGCCUAGUCAGAUCUCUAUUGAUCCCGAAGGCAAAGUCUUGUUUGUGAUCGAAAUGCCUUCCAUUGAUAGAGAUGUCUUGAUCGGAACUGCCAAAAACAGUGAUAACUUGAUGGAUCGUAUUAUGGCUUAUGGCGAAUUAGUCAAGAGUGGUACAAGACCUGCUUUAAAGGCAGUUCAUGAAGCUAUCCUAAAGGAACCUUUCUAUGGUGUAAGAGUUCAAUGUGCCAAUAGCCUCGCCAAAUUAAACAGCACUUACAGUCUUCAAAUCUUGUCUGAAUUGUUAGACAAUGAAAAAGACCCUCUAGCUCUUUCUUCCAUUGCUGCUGCUGCUGCUAUUGCUGAUGAUCAACUGAGAAACUCUUUACUCAACUUACUCGAGAGAAAGCAUCUUCCUUAUCACGCUCAUGCUAAUGCCUUGAUUUCCCUUGGUCGACAAAGAAACCCAGAAGAUUUGGAAUACCUUUUGCAAGUGGCUAAAGAUGAUGCUAAGCUCGGCCAACAUGGUUUUGUUCGUGGUGGUGCACUUAAGGCUUUGGGUGUGCAUCGUAGUGAAGAAGGCUUCAAGUAUUUGUUGAAUCGUGUUGGUUAUAAUAAGGAGCCUCUUCGUGCUAGACCUACUGCCAUUCAAGGUUUGAUUGUUUCUGCUCAAUGGCAAUCUGAUCGCCUAAAGAAAGAAGCCAUUGAAAUGCUUGAAACCUUGAUCCGUGAUCCUAAUGCCUCUGUUCGAAUGACAGCUGUUGCAGGCCUUGUUCAAUUGAAUGCUACUUCUACAUACGGAGCUAUUGAAGGCACUCGAUUCAUGUAUUCCAAGGACGAACAGACCUUUAUUAGCCGUAAAUUACAUGCUCUGCGUUCUGGAAGUAGCAAUGACGCACAAAGUCAAGUUACUGCUCAAAAAGAGACUAUUGAAAAGCUUGAAGCUCGCGUAAAGAAAUUGGAAGAAAAGAUUGCUCUUCAGGAAUCAAAAAAUGCUUCAAAGCAAUAA